UGUUAUCAGUCUUUUAAUGUUGCAGGACCUAUACUUUGGAACUCCCCACCUAUGGAUACCAGGCAGGCGCCCUCACUAUACUCUUUUUGGCUCCUGCUAAAAACAUUUUUGUUCGGACAAAUUUACCCAGAUAUCUAGAAUGCUGGUGUGCUUUUAAUUUAUUGCUGGUUUUAAUUUUUUCAAUGUUUUAAAUAGUUGUUUUGUUUUUUACCAACAGUUUUAUUGGUGUAUUCUUUUUGUACAUCACUUUGAGGCCUUUUACAAUCAAGUGAUGUGUGAAUUUUACGAAAUAAAUUUUUACAAACAGUUGUGAUGUAAAAAGUUACAGCAGGAAGUUACAGGGCACACACUGAUUGGCAAACAAAGCAGCAUGCCUACCCUAAAACUUUUGCAGGUGCAAAGAUUAUCGAAAGUGUGGGAUUGCAGAUACCUGCCCCGAUGCUUUCAUGAACGCAAAAUGCACAAUAAGACAUCUGGAUGGGCUCUAAGUAUCAAGUAGAUUUGGCUUCUGCUGCUGUCAUAUCACAAAUUCAGUACUUAAAUGAGUUGAGCUGGAUCAAGCUGUAUGUAAAUUUCACAUUGGUUACCUCUCUGCAUAGUUUUAACACCCCAAUCGUUCUCAAUCUGUUGUAUCCAUGACAGUUUGCCAGGGAGCCAAGAUUUCCUGUUUGGUUGCCGAAACGUCCCUUCAAACUCCCUCUCCCUCUCUGCGUUGACCCUCCCACGUGUUGCUAUUUGGCAACUCCUCCAUCUGCCAACAGACAGAUGGAGUGCUUCUGUUUCCAGGAGAUGCUUCCUCCUGAUACAUCCUUGGGGUUUUAAACCGAGUUCUCCUUUAAAAAAAAAAAAUGCACGGAGAGAGAAGGGAAUCCAAGUUUCCAAAAAACCCCCACCGUACUUGGGGUGCCAAUACAAGCUAGGGGAAAUUUGCCACGUGCCAAGGAGAAGCAAGAAGAAAUGGGUGUCUGUGGAUUCAUGAAGUGACUGGGGGCAAGGGGGAACCCACCCCUCCAGGAGGAGAGAGCCUUGCAUCCUGGAACAGCAGGCGACGGGGAAGAAGAGAGCGGACCCCAAAGUGAAAUCCAUUACGAGGACUGCAGGUGGCUGCCCAGUUCGUGAGAGAGUGAGGAGGGAUGAUUAUCCUUACUGAACGAACAAAUCAUGUCUUUGUUGGCUGUUGAGGGCAGAGAGAGACACCAGGAUCUGGAUAUGCCGGGGGCGAAGAUGAAGCCUGAAGAAGAUGGCAGAUAUAUGCAGGUAGGUCUUGAGUAAUAUUGGGAAGAAAAGGAUGUGUUCUGGGCAGGAAGCAGGUGCAGCAUGGAGGUUAGCUCGUUGGGAGCAAGUGGAUGAGUUGCAUGUUCAACUAGGCCCUCCAGGCCGCUCCAUAUGGCCUUCAGAUCUUUUGCCAGACCACACCCCUCUCUGGCUCUGCCUUGCCUGGCUGGAAGGUGCCCCAGAAUGCUGAUCAUGCUUCCUGCUUGUCUGGAUGGAGGCUAGAGGGAGCUGUGGGAGGGUUUGUUGAAACUAAUCUGCUGUACAAAGGUAAAAUUUGCAUUGUUCAGCCCACUUUUGCUUCUAACUGUGCCCACGAAUGGUAUGUGGCCCUCAGAAGGUUACCCACAAGGGAAUGUGGCCCUUUAGCUGGAAAGUGUUCCCUGGCCCUGACCUAAGAGAAACUGGUGACUCCAUCUCACACUGGAAGAAAGAGAUGCGGAAUUAGCACUAUGGGGCUCAUUCACCUGGGAAGGUAGCUCAUCUAGGAGAAGGUACAAUAUACCUUCCAACAUUUUCGUCCCUAAAAUUGGGAUGUCAGGAGGGGCGUGCAUUCCAGUCUGGCACUCUAGUGAUUGUCAGCAGGGUUGCAGCAGAACACUAGACUGAAAAACGGGACAUUCUGGGGUCCGAACAGAAGCUGGGAUUGGCUUCUGCGAUCCAGGAUGUCCCGCUUAAAAUGGGACACUUGCAGGGUAUGCAUACAAGAGGGAACUUAGGAAGAGGCUUCAUUCAGAGUCAGACCAUUGAUCCAUCUAGCUCAGGAUGUCACCAGCCCUACCUGGAGAUGCCAGAGAUUUCACCUUUUGCAUGCAAACCAGAUACCCUACCACUAAGCUACAGCCCUUCCCCUAACUGAAGGGCUGGCCAGCCCAAACAGAGAGGCAGCCUCAAACUUCCAUGAGUUUCAUUGUCUCUCAGACCUGGGACCCAGAGAGGCAUCUCCCAAUGGCUGUGCUCCUUACAGGAAGGCCUCUACUUUCCUCCAUUCUGACAUUGGGGGUGGGGUGGGGGCUGGAGGAGGCAGCAGUCCUGGCGGGGCUGUUGAGCUGCUGUUGGCACUUGCCUCCUCGUGUGUGAGCAAAAAGACAAGGUGCGAGCAUGCUCAGUUAUACAGUAUGCAUUUGGCAAAGCCUGAACAGCAUGCUUAUUUCCUGUCUCCACAUUCUUUUCUGCCUGCGUUUCUGGGACUGAUAGAUCUAAAUGUCUUCUGUGUUUGAGAGAGCUGGAAUUGUGAGUACUUGCUCUUAUCUGGGGUUGCAUAGAGUUGUUUCCAGAAGGCAAAAGGGGAAGGGGUGUUGUGGCUGAGCUUUACAGGGAGGGAGACAAGCUUCGGGAGUCAGGGCAGUAGCUCAGUGGUGGAACAUCUGCCUUGCAUGCAGAAGGUCUCAGGUUCAAUCCUCAGCAUUGCCAGGUAGGGCUCAGAGAGAAACCUCUCCCAGAAAUCCUGGAGAGCAGCUGCCAGUCCGUGCCGACACUACUGAGCUAGAUUGGACCAGUGACUCAAUACAAGGCAGCUUCAAAAUGCUGUUGUUCCGUUGUCUGUCUUUGUAUUGCCACUCUUGAUUGUUAGUCAUAAUCCCCAAGCCGCCGGGCUCUUUUCUCCCUAAAAAUAUCUGCCUGGCAGAGGCAAUAUUUGUGUGGCUGAAGCUUGUGGUCUCCUGACUCAGAUUAAACCCUUUUCCUGGGUUCGUGGAAAACAUGGGUUUUGCUAGAGGCAGUCUCUGAAAACUACUGGCAUUGAUUUCACACUGGCCUUGAAUUCAUAAGGUCCCGCGUUCAACACCUGGCACAUCCAGGUAGAUCUGAGAAGGGCUCUAGUCUAAAAUGCUGGACAGCUGCUGCCAAUCAUUAGAGACAGUGCCAAGAUAGAUGGACCAGCACUCUGACUUGGCACCGUGCCAUCUCCAAAGGAUUCCCACAGUCAGAUUCUCAACAGCCUGUUUCCCUGAAGGAAGCCCUACCGAAAUCAUUAGGACUUACUAUUGAGUUAGAUCUGCAUAGGAUCGCGACUGAGCCUGUGCUUCUCUGGCCUAGCAAGGUCUCAGUGUCAUAAUAAUCGGAUCCCUUUAAUAAAUUUCCUGAGUUGUUGUUUGAUGGCGUUGUCGCUGCUGUCUGUUGACAUCCUAUGCAAACAGCUUUGGAGAGCUGCUCAGAUGGUGGCAGGGGGUGGGGGAGAACCAUGUAGAAAUGUUCUAAGUAAUUAAAUACAGUGGUACCUUGGUUUAGAACCAUAAUCUGUUCUGGAGGUCUGUUUGUAAACCAAAACAGGUUGUAACCCAAGGUGGGCUUUCGCCAAUGGGUCCUCCCCAAAAAAUUUGUUCAUAAUAAAAAAAAAAAUGGGUUGUAAUCCCAAAAAAGGUUGCAAACCGGGACAUGCACUUCCGAGUUUGAUGUGUUUAUAAUCCAAAACGUAUGCAAACCAAGGUACCACUGUAAAUUACAGAAGCAAUGAAUAUUGUUUUAAUUAGACUGCACACACUUUUUCUUGCUUUAAAGAAUCUGGCUGCAGAAGUGGGCCAAGUACCAUGGCAGGGAAGGGGAGCCUGUGGCCCAUGGGGUAUUACUGGACCCCAACACCCAUCAUCCCUGACCAUUGGCUGUGCUGCCUAUUACUGAUGGAAGUUGGGAGUCCAGCAACAUAUGAAGGGCAUUUACCAACUGCAGUGCCGUUCUGUCUACUCAGAAGUAAGUUCCACUGAGUUCAAUGGGGCUUACUACUGGAUAAGUGGGUGUAGGAUUGCUCUGCCUAUCAUUCUUUCAGUUUAUAGUUUUGUUUUGUUUUAAUUAGUUUUUUAUUAAAGAUUUUCUUGUGUUACAAAACAAACAAACAAGGAAAAGUACAUAUAGCUCCCCCAUGUUCAAUUCAUUGAGUCUUUUUCACGGUUCAUUUACAUUCGGUAUCAUAGAAUUGUAGAGUUGGAAGGGAUCAUAGGGGUCAUCUAGUCCAACCCCCUGCAAUGAGGGAAUCUUUUGCUCAAGGUGGGGCUCGAACUCACAACCCUGAGAUUAAAAGUCUCAUGCUCUACUAACUGAGCUAUCCCAUAUAGUUAUGACAUUGUUGUCAUAGACAAGUUGAGAUAGUUAAAGGGGGUAAAAGAGCGAUAAGGGAGGCCUAGAGCUAUAGCACCUCUCUGUGUCCCAUCUGCUUUGCUCCAAAGCAGUGGUUCUCAAAGUGGGUAGGACUGCCCCCUGGGGGUGAUGGGAUUAUCUGGGGGUGCUAAAAGGCAAGGGAGAGGUGGGGGAGAUGUAAAAGUCUUUCAUACUUUGAAAAGCUGGUAUCACUGUGUCAAGUGCAUCAGUUCUGUUGAAUUAAACUUAAUAGUUUUAACUGGAUGUUGAAUGAAUGUGCAAUUACCGUAUUUUCCCAUUUAUAAGACGCCCCCAUGUAUAAGACGCCCCCUAUUUUGGGGGACUCGAUUUAAGAAAAUGGGGGGAGAUGGACCAGAGUAUAAGACGCCCCCCUAAUUUUUGACAUUAUUUUUUAGGGAAAAAACCUAGUCUUAUACAUGGAAAAAUACGGUAAUUGUUGCAGUUUUGAAUUUUAUUGUGUGAUUACCUUCCUUAGUGGGCCAUGCAAACCAUUAUUCUGAAUAUAUAUAUUUUAAUAGGUUAGGCGGCACUGGGGAUGUACCAAGGGGGUAGUGGUUGAAAAAAGCUUGGGAACCUCUGCUCUAAAGCACCGGUGGGGAGCCUCAGACCUGGGGCAUCAGUCCACAGGGAAUGGUAGUUGCCCCCGCCAGCCCCGAUAAACCCCAGUAAACUCCAGAUUCUCAGCUUUCAUUUUAAAAACAGAGCAAGUAUCUAGCAUUCGUGGAACCUGAGAUAUGAGGCAAAAAUGUACAGGCACUAUUCUUCUUAUGUUUUUGUGAGAAAGUUGUUUGCUCCCAACCCUGGAGCAAAAAUUUCUGACUUCCAUGGCCUGGGGCCCCAAAUACAGCCCCCAAGGCCUCUCUCUAUCUGGCCCUCAAAAUUCUCCCCAAGCCACAUCCCCUUACUUGCCCCACUUUGCACCCCAAGUGGGUUUUCCACCCUGGCUGAAAUGUCUUCUUCAACUCCAAUAAUGCAUCAAUCUUACUUGUCUGGAUGGAGGAUAGAGAGGGGUGUGGUGUGGUGGUUAUGUGUUUAGAAACUAGCUCAGGGGUCAGCAAACUUUUUCAGCAGGGGGCCGGUCCACUGUCCCUCAGAUCUUGUGGGGGCCGGACUAUAUUUUUUGGGGGGGAAUGAACAAAUUCCUAUGCCCCACAAAUAACCCAGAGAUGCAUUUUAAAUAAAAGGACACAUUGUACUAAUGUAAAAAAACACUGGUUCCCAGACUGUCUGUGGGCCGGAUUUAGAAGGUGAUUGGGCCAGAUCCAGCCCAAUUUACUGUUUGAUUGUACUGACAACUGUAAAAAACAACCCACCCAGGUAUUUAAAAAUAUUCGAAAGGUUAUUAAAAUCAACAAUAGUUAAACAGAGAUAGAACAUAUGCAAUGUCUAUAUGUCUACAUAGGCUUGCUUAAACAAAGAAAUGUUUUAAGCAGGUGCUGAAAACAUAUUGGUAGCAGUGUCUAAGCAAGAAUGUUUUUAGCAAGCACUGUAAAGAGGACUGUGGUGGCAAGGUCAAUAGGCAGGGAGUUCCAAAGGUUAGGAGCUGCCGCACUGAAAAAACGAUUUCUGACAAGCGUGGAAUGAGUAUUAUUCCACAGAUCGAAAUGGUUGAGCGGUCAUAUAAGGAGUAAGGGGCUCACACAAGUCUUACUGAUCCCCCGCUUUAUAUACUAAUAGUAACACAUACUGAAUAUCACUCCAAAAUAGCAAUGGUCUGGACGCACCUUUCUUCACUGCUGUCCUCCACCCCACCUUCAGCAACAACUGGGUGCAGAACAAGAUUUAAUGAACUUAAGUUAUAGGGGAGGGUAUUUUGGUUAAACAGUAUGAGAAAUCUCUUGUGCACUAGCCCCUUUAAAUAAUGAAAUCCAUUUCUUGGUGGGCUCAACGAUGCUUCAGAUUGAAUUCUGGGAUUUAAAAUAUUUUUAUUCCCUAUAUUAUGUCUUCUUUUUAAAAAAACAAAAACAAAAAAACUUCCAUAUACCAGCCUAUAGCAACCUGGUGAGAUGUAUUGGUCUGGAGAAGGCUGCCCUAUAGAAAUGACUGGGUCACACCCGCUGUUUCAGUUCAGCGCCUGAUGCUCCAGCCGCGCGUGCGGUUCUCUCGCUCCCCCUAGCGGCGAGUGCAAUAUAUAUAUUAUAUACAGUAUUAAAAUUCACCAUCCUUGCAGAGAAUUCCUCUUUCGGCUGCUCUCCUCCGCUGUUUAACGCUGCACGUGUUGCACGCUGCAGGCAAGGGAGAGAAGCCGCCCACUCUCUUCGUUUGCCCUUCCCCGCUUCUCGCCUGUAAAGGUCAUUCCCCUCCCCCUUGGCUGGAGAGGUCGGGGGAUCAAGAGGUUCCCCCCCCCCGGGAGGGGUGUGGCAGAAGGCUGGGAGGCAGAUUGCUGACCAUGCCUAGAAGGUGGCUUGUUAAAGGAGAUAGAUAUAAAAGAUUUCUGAAUUAAAGCAUCCGGCGAAGGAGGUGCAGAGUGACCACCCGUUCUUCCAGCCAGCCCUCUGGGAAUCCAGUUCAUGCAACCCCCAGUUAAGCCAAUGCAAAAGGAGCAAAAGCAACGAGUUGGUGUUGGGAGCCGGCAUGGUCAAUCAAACAGUCCUCAUUGAGCAAGCCAGGCACGUCUGUGUUCUAUUGUUGAGGGCAGACGCCAUGCACAGCCUGUGCAGGGACUAAUGUGAGAGACCCGAGGAAGAUGGCGUAUAUACAGGUAGGUCUGAGCAGCACCAGUGGGGAGAGAGAGAGAUUAUUGGGGGUGGCGGUGGCUGCAGACCCCGAGGUUGCGGUGUGGGGAGAGGCAGAGGGAGGGCAGCCUUUGCUUGCAAGGAACAGAACUAAAACAAUGGCAAAAACCCUAAUACAAAAAAAGCUGUCGAGGUUUUCUCCUUAGUUGCUACCUGGCAAAAGGGAGGAUCCCCCAUUACUCUGAAACUUGAGCGACUCGAGUUGUGAGUUUUCGAGUUGCUGACUUUGCUGGAAGAAAUUGCAACCUGUAGCAUACAUUUCUUUUUUUAAAGUAGCUGGCUGUAAUUUUAUUCUGCCUUGCCCUCCCUUCCUCCUUUCAAUUUUAUUGACUAGCAAUCGUCAGAGUAGGAAAAUAAAAGCCGUUGUUUUUUGCUGGCGUUUGGGAGAAGCACUUGGAGGUUAAUGGAAGAGCUCCAUGGGGGGAAAACAAGGGUGUUUUUUUUAUGAGGGAGGUGGGAAAUGAGUCCCUGAGAUGCUGCUCAAAGUUAAUGGAAUGAUUGCGUGCAAAAAUGGGGUUUGGUGAGAAAUAGGUCUCUCAAAUCAUGCUGAAAGUGUGUGUGAGAGAGACAGACAUUUAUAUAUAUGUAUUGUGCAUGACUUUAAAAUGUGUACAUGGCUGCUACCCCGUGGGUCUUUCAAUAUGUGUGCAUAUAAAUAAUGACAUGUGGAUAGGUGGUUUUUGUAAAAAUACUUGUUACGUGUGUAUUAGUGAUUCUGGGUGCUCCAUGAGGCUUCCCUCCUCUCCUCCCAGAGAUGUGGUUGUGUGACGACUUGCAUGUACGCUGUGGAAACCUGCAACUGAAGGAGAAGGUGUGAGAGAGAAAUGUAAAUAGAACAGAAUUUGCACUCGGGGCUCUGGAGUAAAGCAGGUGAAUCCUAUUUGUGUGUGAAAACUCCUUUUGGAUUUCGCUUUGCUGUGACAGUCCAGAAUUUUUGACUGCAGGCCAUAGGCGUCAAUUCCCUGAGGCCCUGGGUGCCCGAGCACCCACAAAAUUCUCCAUGAAGGAGCCGGGCAGCCGCAAAUUUGGGUGCCAGGGCUAUGCAUGCUGCAUGGCACCCAUGGCCCCAGGCACCCACGGCCAUGGGGCCAAACUGGUACUCCUGCUGCAGACUAUGUGAUGGCAACACUGCAUUUCCCCUCCUUUUAAGGGACGCUUAAGGUUACCAUUAAACAAAACAGUAUUAAAAGGUGGUCUUUCCUUCCUUGAAAGCUUUUAAGCAGAGGUUGGAUGUCCAUCUGUCAAACUCACUGCUGGGGUGCAUGGAUGAAGUUGCUGGAUUCUGCAGCGGAAAGGUGGUGAAAACACUAUCAAGCAGGAGCUGUCUGCAAGGAGGGCAAAGGGUCCUCAGACAUUUUAAGAAAGACAUCCCCAAUUCUUCUGAUUGAUUUUAUUGUGAGCAUUCAAUUCACUAAGGAAAGCAUUUAUUAAUUAGCUAGCCUUUCUUCCAAGGCAGACUUUCCAAUUUUAGCGGUAUCCUAUGUGAGGCCAAAAUUCUGUGGUGCCCCGCCUCUCACCUUCCGUCCUCCUCAAUUCACUGUGUCAUAGUUGUGAUGCUCUGUGGCGCCCCCUAGGCUCGGUUCCCCUUGUGGUGGAACCGGUCAUGUGGACCAAAUCCAUCUCUGAACCUGCCUUAUACCAAUGUGAUAUGUCAGGUGUGGGGAACAUUUAACCCCCCUUCCAGCUGUUGCUGAACCUGCACCACCCCUGACCAUUGGUCAUGCUUGCUGGGGCUGAUGAGAGCUGUAGUUCAGCAACAUCUGGAGGGUCAAAAGUUCCUUGCUCCGGAUCUCAGUAUCAGCUACACUAACUGGCAGAGGCUCUGCUGGGUUUCAGACAAGGGUAAUGCCCAGUCUUACCUGACUAUGCCGGGGAAUGAAUCUGUGAUGUUAUGCAUGCAAAGCAGAUGCUCUCCCACUGAGCUGUUAUUAUUAUUAUUUAUUAAAUUUGUAUGCUGCCCUUCACUUGACGAUCUCAGGGCAGUUCACAACAAAAUAAAUACAGAAUUAGAACAUGAAAUACACAAAAAACCAAACCAACCAAUAACUCCUAUCCCUCCAAAUCAUUUGAAAGGCCAUAGAAUGUUUAACCUGCCAAUGGCCUCGUUAUAGAGAAAUGUAUUCACCUGAUACCUAAAGAUAGGUAGUGAAAGCGCCAGAGAGAAAUUCAUUUCAAUUGACAUAUAAAGGUCAGUCUAUCAGAGUGACACUUUCCAAAACAAUAUGCAAACCGAAACACAGGUAUCCUUCAGAAUUUGCACUUAUCCACAUUUUGCAAUGCACUUUCCUCACCAAGCCAUGUGUCCAGAAAUGGAUUUAUUUGGGGAAUGUGAAGAUAUAAAUGAAUAUGUAGACAGUACUGGUAAAAAUAACAUAAAAGAAUGCAUUAUAUUGGGAAAGUGCUUGCAGAAAUGUGUGCACGAGUCGAAACUGCAUAUAAAGAUGUGUUUAUUGGGGGAAAUUUGAACCUAAACUGCUGGUGGGUUUUCACGAGGACUUCUUUUCCCAAGUGUAAAUUUUUGCAAAAUGUGAAGAGCUGAAUUUAAAAUUGGGGAAAAGAAUGAGAAAUUGGGAGAGCCAAAAUUGGCAGGUCUUUCCAUUCCUUUGGAUCACGCUGUGCACACUGGUGAUUUAGGUCACCUUGAGUUGGUACAAGGGACUCACUGGUGGGGAGAGGGCUGUUGAGUUCAGGUUCUGCUUAUGGGGUUCCUGGAAGCAUCUGGUUGGCCACUGUGAGGACAGGAUGAUGAACUAGGUGGGCCUCUGACUUGGUCCAGCAGGGCUGUUCUGUUCUUCCUCUCAUGGUUUAUUUGCCUUCUCUGUGGUAGCUAAGCUUGGUAGCAGACUGCUCUCCUCUGAAAACGCCGGGUCUGAGUUGCUCAAACCUCAGAUCAACCUUUUCAGACUUGCUAAACACCAGGCCACACUGUGGCUUUGCAUUGAGCCAGCAUUCAAUCCCUACAAAAGGGACAGAAAACCUGUGGCCCUCCAGAUGUUGCUGGACUCCAACUCCCACAAUCCCUGACCACUGCCUGGGGCUGAUGGAGAUUGGAGUCCCAUAGGAUGCUGCCUUAUGCUGAGGCAGACUGUUGGUCCACACAGCUCAGUAAUGCCUACACAGACUAGCAGCAGCUCUCCAGUAUUUCAGGCUGGGUCAUCUGUCAGCCCAUCCUCUGGAGAUGCCGGGGAUUGAACCUGGGACCUUCUGCAUACAAAGCAGGUGUUCUGUCACUGAGCUAUGACCCUUUGUCAGCAACAUCUGAAGGAUCACAGGGUCCCCUUUUCUUCCCUAGAAGAUUUAUUUAGAUGACGCUAUCGUAAGGCAAGGUGCUUUAUGGAGUACCAGAGGCGCAGUUCUCUGUCCCAAGGAGAUUGCAACCUGAAAUUCAGCAGAGGAAGCAGCAACAGGUGAAGGGGAGGCAGUGGCAAAGCAGAAGGCAAUAUGCAGAUGUAUCAUUUUGCAUGUGUUUUAUUUAUUUAUUUUAACAACUCCUAUACUGCUUAACGGGACGCGGGUGGCGCUGUGGGUUAAACCACAGAGCCUAGGGCUUGCCAGUCAGAAGGUCGGCGGUUUGAAUCCCCACGACGGGGUGAGCUCCCAUUUCUCAGUCCCUGCUCCUGCCAACCUAGCAGUUCCAAAGCACGUCAAAGUGCAAGUAGAUAAAUAGGUACUGCUCCAGCAGGAAGGUAAAUGCUGUUUCUGUGCGCUGCUCUGGCUCGCCAGAAGCGGCUUAGUCAUGAUGGCCACAUGACCCGGAAGCUGUACGCUGCCUCCCUCGGCCAAUAAGUGAGAUGAGCUCCACAACCCCAGAGUCAGCCACGACUGGACCUAAUGGUCAGGGGUCCCUUUACCUUUUAUACUGCUUAACACCUCAGUCUCUUUAAGCACUGUAAAGUGAGGUGGAAAACGGUACAAUGAAGCUGAAAUCAGUUAAAAUUAAUUAUAAAACCAGAAGAAUUUCUUAAAAUGCCUAGUGGGAUAGCUCAGUUAGUAGAGCACGAGACUCUUAAUCUCAGGGUUGUGGGUUCGAGACCCACGUUGGGUGAAAGAUUCCUGCAUUGCAGGGGUUUGGCCCAGAUGACCCUUGUGGUCCAUUCCAACUCUACAGUUCUGUUUCUAUGUUUCUAUGAAAUGGUAAAUAAAGGUCAUUUCUAAGCACUUGGAAAGCCAACAGGGAGGGGGCCUGUCAAAUCUCCUCUGGGAAGCAGUUUGUAGGAAAAGGGAAAGUUGUCUUAUACUGAGUGUAGGCUGUUGGUCCAUCUAGCUCAAUACUGUCUACACUGACUGGCAGCAGCUCUGCAGGAUUUCUGACAGGGGACGUUCCCAGCACUACCUGGAGAAGCCAAGGAUUGAACCUGGGACCCUCUGCUUGCAAGGCAUAUCCUCUGCCACUGAGCUGUGGCCCUCCCCACAGACAGUUUAGGCUUAAUUAUAGGAUUAGGUGUUGCAGGCACAGGGGGAACCAACAUGAUGCUUGCCUGGUGCUGUUGGACUGCCAGUGCCCAUGAGCCUGCAUGGCCAGUGGCUAGGGAUUUUGGGAACUGUAGUCCAACAACGCUUGACACCAUAAUGGAUACCUACGCAGGGUGGUGUAGAAACUAGCAGAUUGUGCCAAAGAUGAUUUUGAGUGUGAAGGUUCAUGUGCAUGCAGUUAAAACAAAGUAGUCCUGAGCAUGUGCAGAAAAUUCCGAACCACAACCAUUUCUGACAUCUUUGGAAUAUUUUCUUUUUCUUGCAAAUGGUGCAGGGAAGGUAGACUCUGGCAUAGGAACAUAGAUGUCUGCCUUAUGCCACACUGUUGGCUCACCUGUCUCAGUGUUUCCUACACGGACUUGCAGCAACUCUGCAAGGUUUUAGACAGCUCUUCCUGGACUGGACUGGAACCUGGGUCCAAAGCAGAUACUCUUAAUACCGACCUGUGGACUUUCCCCAAGCCUCCUCUCUCUCCCCACCCAAUUAACUGUUGUACAUCUGAGGCUAUAUAUUUAUUCUGUGACAUUUACAGCCUACUCUGCAUGCCCUAAACCCACACUAGUUUCAAUAGAUGAAUCACUGAUGCCACCCCAAGGGGAUACUGAAUCUGUCCUUUAGAUGCAGAGGCAGCGUGGUACUGAAUGCCAUCAGAUGGAUAGCAACAAGCGGGAGAGGGCUGCUGCCUUCUCACCUCCUCCUUGGGCCCUUUGUCUAUCCAGCUCAAUAUUGUCUACACUGACUGGCAGUAGCUCUCCACGGGAGUCUCUGCUAGCACUACCUGGUAACGCCAGGGAUUGAGCGUGUGGAUCAUCAGCAUGGAAAACAGGUGCUGUGCCACAGUAGAUUAGAUCAGGGCUGGGGAACCUCAGGCCAAAGCAGUGAGUGUGGCCGCCCCAGACCUCCCCGUCUGGCCCUCAGAGAUCUCCGCUGGCCACAUCCUUUCCUGUUUUGCACCCAUUGUGUUUUUGCUUGUGCCAUUGAACUCUGAUGGAUGGGCGAUGGGGAGGUGUGUCUGUAAACUGACCUACCGUACAAAGGUAUAAUUUACACUGGUUAUUCCUCCCUACUGUAACUGGAGAUAAGCCUAGGAUUUAACUGUGAGGACAUUUUGGGUGCAUAUAUGUACCACAAAAGCAUCUUCAGCAAUCAGCCUUCUUUAUGGUCCUGUAUGGAAGUGAGAGCUGGACUGUAAAGAAGGCUGAUCGCCGAAGAAUUGAUGCUUUUGAAUUAUGGUGCUGGAGGAGACUCUUGAGAGUCCCAUGGACUGCAAGAAGAUCAAACCUAUCCAUUCUGAAGGAAAUAAGCCCUGAGUGCUCACUGGAAGGACAAAUCGUGAAGCUGAAGCUCCAAUACUUUGGCCACCUCAUGAGAAGAGAAGACUCCCUGGAAAAGACCCUGAUGCUGGGAACGAUUGAGGGCACAAGGAGAAGGGGACGACAGAGGACGAGAUGGUUGGAUAGUGUCUUCGAAGCUACAAACAUGAGUCUGACCAAACUGCGGGAGGCAGUGGAAGACAGGAGUUCCUGGCGUGCUCUGGUCCAUGGGGUCACAAAGAGUCGGACACGACUAAACAACAACAUGUACCACAAAAUUUAUUAUUUAUUAAUUGCCCACGUGUUUAUUAGUUGCAUGUUUAUCCAAGGAUCCUAGAGGGGAGCAUCAUGCAGGCAGUCUUCCCCUGUAUUCUCACAGCAACCCCAUGAGGUGAGUGAGGCCAGGGCAAUGUGACCAGCCCAGCAGUGGGUUUGCUAGCUGAGCAGCGAUUUGAAGCCAAUACUUCCUGCUUCUAUCCCAGUGCUCUAACCUCUAUGCUAGAAUGGCCCAAUGUUGUUAUUGGGGCCGCUGUGUGUCACCCGCAGAGCUUCCAAAGUGCUUCAUGAUGGAUUUGGCUUUCCUGACAUACUCAAGAACGUGUUAAGUGCUCAAAGAAGAUGUCUUUGGAGAUGUAGCCUGGUUUUGUUUUAUGGGACUUGAUGGAGCCACAGCAUUUGAACUUCCAUUAUACUGUAUAGGGUACAUAAUGAUCUAGAACGGAACAUUGUUUUGCGGUACUUGAUGGAGCUGUGUGCCAUGUUCUGGUUUGAUGCCAGAAGGCAUGGGGAAAGCAGCAGGCAGGACUGGUCAAAGGUGGCUGGACCAUGGACAGCUCCAUUUGAGCAACAUGUUUGACAAAGGCUGGGAGCAGAUGAAGGGCUUUUGUCCUUCUGUCUCCAGACUAGGUUCUCCAGGCAGCAUCCAUUUGAGAGAACUUCAGAGCCGCUGAAUGCCAGUUACUGGGAAUAAUAAGUAACGCAAGGACUGUUGUGCUCAGUUUCUGCUUGCAGGCUUCCCUUAGGGGCAGUGUUAGAAACUCUGAUAUAUAAGCUGGAUGCCAAAUGUUGCAGAGGAGCCCACCUGAGAGGCACCGGAAAUGAGUUCUGGUGAGCUCUGGCUGAAAAAAAUCCCUGGUUUUCCCCACCAGAUGUAAGAAAAUAUGCAGGGCCUCUGUUUUGCACACCCAGCACAAUUGGUGAAGCUGGUGGCAAGACCAGCAGGAGCUCAAAGCUACACACCUAGUGAAAUAAGGUUGUGAAGCCUUGAGGUGGUAGAUUGGUUUGUACCGUUUCAGGUUUCCACAGGUACCAGAGGAGAGAGGCUGUAGCUCAGUGGUAGAGCAGCAGGUCUCCAGGCCAAUCCCUGGCAACUCCAGGAAGCCCUGGGAAAGAUCCCUGGCUGAAAUUUUGGAGAGCUGCUGCCAACCAGUGUAGGCAAUGCUAAUCUAGAGAGACCGGUGGUCUCAUUUUGGUAUAAGGCAGCUUCCUGGAAAUGCCGAGGAUUGAUCCUCGAACCUUCUGCAUGGAAAGCAUGAGCUUCACCACUGUUCCGAGUAAGUUAAGGCAGAGCAAUUGUUGGAUAAUAUCCAGGGACUCCUGGGGGAGGCAAGCAAGAGAAAGAAAUGCAGCACAAACCAUGGUUUCUAGCUAUGUUUUGCGAUAAAACCAUGGUUUGGUUGGUAUGGUGAGAUUCCUGAGUGAAGACACUGUUAUACUGCUGUAUGUUUUUUUCAAUGUUUGCUCCGUAGUAGACCUUCUGCUGCUCUUCUGGGAUCAAUAGGAGUUUUCAGUGCAUGGCUGAAAUUGCCUUUCCAUCAAGAAUUAAAUUUUCAGUAAGCAGCCUCUGUGCAGGUUGAGCAAAGUCUUGGAAAUAAUUCAGCAGAACCAUCCAUGGAUCAAAUUUUAUCGCAUCAUGAGUCAUGCAUCAAAUUACUUGCAAUACUUUUUUUUUAUUAAAAACACACACACACAAUGCCAGCAUUCAUCCGAAAUUAAGAAGACAUGCUUGGGUAUAUGAUAUUGUGCUCAUCAGGAUCUGAUCAGGUGAUGGGUUUAGACACACCCACAGUUAAGCCACAAAAACGUGUGUGCAUGCAAAAUGUUUCUGUGCAUCGGCCAUAAAUUUGUGUGACGUACAUGGGUUAGAUGCACGGACGAUGCAAUUAGAGGCAUGGCCCAUUUUCUGUGCUGAGGUACAUCAUUUCUGCUUCUCACUCCAUCCCUUUGCUCUUAUCGAGGCAGAGGUCGCUGAACAAAGUAUCCUGUCUAAACAUUGGGAAAUAAAAUCAUUGCAAAUGAAAAUCAACCAAACAGCACACAUUCUGCAUUUACAAAUAACGUGACUGGUGUUCUGGCAUUAAAUAACAAAUAGGCAUUCAAUAAUUAGGCAUUUGAAUAGCACGAUUGGCAACCUGAUUGCAGCCGUGAGAACCAGUAUGUGGUGCAGUGCCUAAAGAUCAGAGUUGGGGAGCUUGACGGCCUCCUACUGUAUCUGGAACUCCAACACCCAUCAGUCCCGCUCAGCAUGGUCCAUAGUUGGGUAUGAAGGGAGUUGCAUACCCGAGGGCACCAGUUUGGAGAAAGCCUGUGUUGAACAAGUACAAAGCAGGUAAGGAUUGUAGUCUUAGAACCCAGGAGAACAAAGCCUUAAGCACAUUCACUUUGUGGGGGCCUGGUCAAAGCCAGGGCUGACUACCCAGGGGGAAAUUUGGGAUCAGGUGAGCUCUUUCAGAAGGAAACAGAAAUAGCAGCUUGGUAGGGAAAGUGCACAGAAUAAAUUGAUUUCCCCCGGAGAUCCUUUUCAACUUCAGUAAAAUAUGUAGGACAAUAAGAGCUGAAAAUAGUAUCAUUUUUCUAGAAAUCAAAGCCAUGGCACCAAGCAGGGAGGGCAGGUAUUUGGGGAUCAUUAGAGCUUUGCUAAACUGGUCUUGUCUGUUUCAUUUUCUUCCCCCUUGCUUCAUCAUGGAUAUCUAAAAGGACAGUUGGAACCAAUAAAUGAGGUGAGUUAAUCUGGUGACUCAUUCUGCCUUCUCUUGCCUCUCCCCAGGCAGAGGGAGAUGGUUGUGCUUUUUCAUCUUCUCGUUUGCUUUGUCUGUCUUUGGUUUCUGGCUUGCAAAAUCUCUUCCUUGGCAAAGUGCAUCUUGAUUUCUGUAGGGCACAUUCUUUUUCCUUAGUUUCCUUUUCUAGUGCAAAAUGUGAAUUGCCUUUGCUGAUUAUGUGGCAGGCUGAUUUCAGUCACUUUGGGUGCAGAUGUUCCAUGCAGUAUCUGGUACUAGAUUCCAAAUCUGGAUUGCAUGGGAAUCUUCACUUUAAAAAGCACAGUUAUAGCCCUCAUACUUUUAAAGUUAAUUGUCACAUGUUUCAGUGUGCUUGUGAUAUCUCUAGUGCACAUAAACACCGCUGUGCACUCUAGAAUUUGUUGACUAGAAAUCUUUCCAUAAAUAGAGAAUAAUUUUUAUUUUAUUUAGAACAUUUGAACCCCACUCUUCAGUCAAAAAGUCUUCCAGAGUGGCUUACAUACAAUCAGUUAAGACAGUCCCUGUCCUCAGGUUUACAGCCUAAAAACAACAACACACAAGGAAAGAGGGCAGGGAAGGAAGAGGAAAAAAAUCAAUCUCAGGCACUGUACCUGUUCUUAAAUAGUUGUUCACAUAAUGACCAGCUAGUGUAGUUUGGCGUAGGAGAGUCCUGAUGGUGCUGGUCUGUCACAGCAGAGCUGAUGGAGUGAGCCUUAUAUCCCAGCUCUCCCAUUGAAGCAGCCUGCUCCCAGGUGACAACCGAGGGAGAGAAGGUUUGAUGGAGUUUGUAUGUCAGCUUCCUAUCUGUCUGGCUCUUUCUGUCUGAAGAGCAUUCAUUCCUCCAUAAUAGCAGAAAAUGGGACACGCCCAUGGAUAUUUGCUUCUCCUGCGUGGCUUAUAGCAGGGAUGGGGAAGUUUGUGCCCUCCAGAUGUUGUUGGACUCCAACUCCCAUCAGCCCCAGCCAAGUUGCAUGCAGUUACGUUUAACUGCAGUUGCCAGCAAUUGAACCAGGUCCCUUUGUGUGCAAACCAUCUACUCCACUUUGCACGGUUUCAUUGCAGGACCUCAUCGUCUGUAUCAGCGUUGAGGAGCCCAUGGCCUUUAGAUGUUGUUGGACUCCAGCUCUCAUCAGCACCAGCCAGUCAGGAACGAUGGGAGACCAGCAAUGUCUGAAAGACUGCAGGUUCUUCAUCCCUGGCUUGCAACUCUGUUCUCCUAAAAGUGUGUGCCUCCUUGCCACUUACCCAUACUUGUUCUGUUCCCCCAAAUUGAUUCCCCCAGAUAUAUACGGGGAGAGGGCUGAUGUACUCAGGUCCUGCUUGAGGGCUUCCAAUGGUGACAUCUGGCUGGCCACUGUGAGAUCAGAAUGCUGGACUAGAUGGGCCAUUGGCCUGAUCCAGCAAAGUCUUCGUAGGUUCUUAUGGUUAAUUGUAAAACAAAACACAACAACCCCCAAAUUCAUUCUGUUGAGUUCAGAAUAAAGCAUCUUAUGUGUCUUAUACUGAUUUGAUUAGUUCGUUUCUGCAUUGCAGGGAGUUGAACUAGAUGGUCCCUUCAAAUAUUAUGAUUAAAUGAUUUUGAUGGGGUGACAUCUGAUAGUCAUCCUCAGAGCAGGUUCACUGAAAUGGACUUACAUAAAAUAAUCUAAACUUUGGGAUUUUUUCAUGGUGCAUAGGAACAGGUCUCCAUUAGGAUUCAUGAGUGCUGUGAGCUUGUUAUAAUGGUGAAAUUAACACACUUUAUAAGGACAAAAGAAAUAAGAGACAAACUAGCUGUGAGUGGGGGAGAAUUAGAAGCUGAGACAGUUGCAGUACAAAGUUGUUGUUUCCACAAAUGGAUGUUCUGUAUGAUUUGAAUUGCUCUACUCAGACAUAAGAAUGUUCCUAACGGGAGAGAUUAACAGUACUCUUUUCUUUUAAUUAAGGAUAAAACCUGCCUACCUAAGCAGUGGAGUCAUAAAUAGAAAUAUAUAAAUAUAGAGUAAGAUACUCAAUUCAGUUAGAGCUUAACUGAAGUACAGAAUUUAGAACUGACAUGAAGCCAUUUAAACUUGUGGUGAAAAUAUGCAAAAGGAAAUGUUCAUUUUGGUUACUGAUGUGUGAAUAUGUGACAAGAAUUUGACGUUCUCAAAUUCACUUAUGGAUUUGAUAGCAUAUGUUGCAUGGCUUUGCUUUUUCCUUUUAUAGUAUUUGUGGAAUGUAUUGAACAAUGACACUCAAAAAAAUAUGCAUGGACCCCCAUUCCUUUCAACCAAAUAGAAAUGGCUACAUAUAGAACACUGCCUUUUGACAGCCCUUAAAAAUAGAGGAAUAUCCUCUGCAAAAUAGGACACAUGGUCACACUAUUCUUGUUUAUAUCUUAAGUUGGGACUGUGGGCUGUGUCUAGUAUUACCCUAAUCAGAGUAUUUCAAUUGAAAUGAAUGGACAGGAAAUUAACUUAUAACUAUUGAUUUCAGUGGUUGGUUGGAAAAGCCAAAGGUGGUUAAAAAAAAAACCCUUAGAUAAGUAACUUGCACUUCUUUCACAUCAAUGGAGUAAACAUAGGAAGCUGCCUUAUACAGACUGUUGGUCCACCUAGUUCAGUAGUGUCUACACUGGCUGGCAGCAGCUCUCCGGGAUUACUGGCAGAGGUCUCUGCCAGCCCUACCUGUAGAUGCCAGGGAUUGGACCUGGGACCUUCUGCUCUGCCACUGAGCUGCCCCACCCCCCAAAUUAAAGAAGGUCUUCAAAAGGGAGUUUAUAUGUGGAAAAGGCUCCCCCCUACAGACAUUUACAUAGGAAGGCAUUAAUUCCAGGUCCGCUGCAGGAAAGAAAAGCAGCAGAAACAACACACAGGCACACCCAGCUGAAAUCCAAGCCCUGCACCUCAAUUACAACUGAGUGUUUAUGCUUGCCAGCCACCAACUGGUUGUAAUUUUUGCUAUCUGGUUUCCAACGGCCUCAGGGCCUGUUGUCUAGAAUCUCGGAUCUCUUGCUGUGCAGAUGGACUUGCCGGAACUGUUGCCAGAAGUGUUAUGACUGCAGCUGUUGCCAGUCGAGCGAUGACGAAGUGGAAAUCCUGGGGCCUUUUCCAGCACAGACGCCUUCCUGGUUGUAAGUCUGGAUUCUGCUUUUAGGAUCCUGCUUGUUCCCCUUUCACUUCGGCUUUUACAAAGAUCCCUUCCCAUCUGGAUUGGUUGCUUGUUUCUAACAGGCACUGACAAUUUGCAUUUUUUCAAAAAAGAAAAACAACAAUAUGCGUGUUAAAUGCAAAGCUGUAUUUUGGCCCUGUGUUAAGGUUGUGAGAGACAUUUGAUUCAAUUCACGUUUAAAGGUGAGCUACCUGAUUUGGAUUUCCCAUAACAAUAUGCAGACCAGAACACAGCCAUCCUUUGAAAUUCUCUCUGAAUUUUGCAAUGCGGUUCUCCAGCCAAGUAAUCUGUACGAAAAUGCAUCUGCUGAGGGAAAGUGUGCAUAGAAAUGUAUGUAUUAAUGAAAAUAACAUAGAAAAAUGCAUUAUCAUUAGGGAAAGCCGCUUUGCAAAAAUGUGUAUAUUAGGACUAAUUUGCACUAAAUUGUUGAUGAGUUUUCAUAAGGGCUUAAAAAAAGUAAAUUGCAAACUGAUGUGGAAAACUGACUUUAAGAUUGGAAAAAUGAAGAACUGAGAGAAAUCAAAAUUUACAGAUUAGCCCACCCCUGCCUUGUCUUUGUGGAGAUGCUUCUUUUCAGUCAAGUAGAGGUCACCUCCAUUAACGUGUGUGAAGUGUUGGAUAUCCCGUGGUGUUUUGGUUAUUCCUACCCUCCUUUGGAUGAAUUUUAUAUUUGUAUUCUCUUACUAAAUUUCUUAUGUAUACUACAGUAAGAGUCUCACACCUAGUGUUGCUCAGGAAUUAUAAGAACCCCCUCCAAAUCAGUGUGGUUUUGAAAAGUUCAGUCCACCAUCUUGAUUCAAAAUGGCUUCCAGUUGUGUCCAAACAUAGAUCCAAACCUACUCCUUGAUCCUCAGGAACCAUUAUGCAAAAUUUGGUUAAAAUCAGUGCACCUACACCUUUCCUACUGCUGGUGUCAUUGGAGGUGAGACAGGUGAACUUUAGGGUAGAAACAGGAGAUACAGAGUAUAAAAACCCUGACAUAUAAAAACCAUGACUGGACUGUAACCUGCUAAACAAAGACAAGAGUCAAUACUGUCUCCAUUUCUUUUACUGGCACCACUCCCCUCUGGUUUGUGCCCCUUCAGGUGAAAAAGGUUCCUGGCCCUCAUGUAGUGACAACCCAACCUUCUUUGUUUGUCUACAAAAGCUAUUUAUUUUCCAAAACCUUUAGCGAGCAAGGUAACUUGUGCUCUCAGCUAACAAGCCUUCAUUGUUUUACCAGUCUAUUAAUGCAUGGGGACUCCAGAGUUGGAACAGAACUCUAGAAAUAAUUUCAUCUCCAACAUUUAAGACCGGAGAAUAAUGAUGUUCUUACUGUACCAUACAGAGCUGGCAACUUGGCUGUCUUGCUACAACUAAUCUAAUUAUGUUGACUUAGCACACAUGGCAGCAACACCUUCCUGUCAUUUCCUCUCUAAUAUUUGCUUUCCUGCUUUGUUGGGAAAAGAUAAAUUGUACCAAAGAGCGGUAGGUGCUCUUCAGCUUUGCAAAUUACAAAAUGUGUGACAUGGGUGUUCAAAAUGAUUUUAAAAAAGAUACUUGGUGAGAUUAAACUGAAAUUGAAGCUUGGUUCUUCUUUUUUGGUGGCCCACAUUAAAGAAAAACCGGGAGGUCUUCUGAUUGGAGCCAGGAUUUAGAAGUGGACAUGUCAAUAAUCUGGUGCCAUGGUGUCAUCAAGGUCCCACCCACAUGUCCAGGUUGACUGGUGGAGGGAGCUAAGGGUCUGCUUCACCAGCACAUUUCCCGCAGGAUCCUGCUGGCUGCAGGGGUCUGUUUCACUAGCAUUUCCCUGUGGUGAGCAUGUUGGCGAAGCAGUACUCUGCAGUGUAGCUCCCUGCCCAUCAAUUAAUGUCACCCUGAUGUCAGCUGAUACACAGGUGGGCAUGGUUUGGGAGAAAUGGCAUCAUGGGCCAACUUGGGCGUCUGGUGGGCCAGGAUUGGCCUGUGGGCUGUAGGUUCCCCUACCUCUGUAGUAGAGAAAUAGAAUGGGGGGCGGAGAGGAAUGAAAAUAUAUUAUUGUCUAAUUUCAGAGGCAUUGAGUGUGAUUGUGUUGCCAUUUUUACACUCUUCCAACAAUUUCUCAGAAAUUGGACAAUUGCAAAACAGAAAAACCCUUCCAUUAAUCAUAAAUUCAUUUGAAUUUGGAAGCUGUGCUUCAGAACAAGCCAGGAUAUAAAUAUGUAUUAGUAUCUUAGAAUCUUUAAGAAGUUAAAAAAUAAGAAAGAGGUAGCCCUUGGGCCAACUCUUUUGUGCCUCAUAAGUACCAUUUUGUUUGUAACAGUGGGGGGAUUUUUUAAUGCCCUUUCCUUUUUUAAAAAUAUGCCCAUAAACAGGACAAAAUGGAUCUGAUUUUUUGUGGGGUAGGGGCAAGGCAGAGGCAUGAUAUGUUAUUGAUGAUGGUGAUGAAUGUGCACAAUUAAAUGAUUUGUAGUAAUAAACUAAGAAACAGGGCUCUCCAUACAGGCUUGUGGUACAAAUAAUAAGAGAGUAUAGCAAUGAAGUUCUGAAACACCACAUUCAUAGGUUAAUUGAAUUGAGGGAGGAAAUGCAGUGCUCAUCCUGGAAGAGAGUUCAAGAUACAGUGGUACCUCGGGUUAAGAACUUAAUUCGUUCUGGAGGUCUGUUCUUAACCAGAAACUGUUCUUAACCUGAAGCACCACUUUAGCUAAUGGGGCCUCCUGCUGCUGCUGCCGCACGAUUUCUGUUCUCAUCCUGAAGCAAAGUUCUUAACCCGAGGUACUAUUUCUGGGUUAGCAGAGUCUGUAACCUGUAGCGUAUGUAACCCGAGGUACCACUGUGUUUCAUUUUGACAGGGUGAGCAAUCGAAGCGACGACAGGGAUGGCGACUCUGACAACACUACAACGAGCGAGCCCCCUCCAACCCCUCAGGACGUUUCACUGGACAGAAGGCGGUCGUCUUCGGAUACAUCCCGAUCCACUUACAGCCUCACAAGACGAAUUUCAAGUAGGUUUGCCACGACCCACCUUUUUGGCAUUUUGGUGACGUGUGUGAGAGAGAGAUACCUCCUCAGACCAUGAGGCAUGGGGCUGCCCCCCAGGGCUGCCCUCCACUCUGUUCAUUGGGUGCCUUAUAAAGGGGUCCCUGUGUGCAAUGUAAGUGCAUUACAGGCUUCCAGAUGAGGAGGCGAUGCAGAUGUGUCCCCUUUAUUUGGAGAAGCACUACACAAGUAUAUCAGCAUUUAUUUAGGGCUUGUUCUCAAAGUGGCUGUACAUGUGGCCUGUGGGGGAGCGGGGAGUGUCUGGAAGGCGCAUUGGGGCUGGGGGCGGGUGCAACACAAUCAGCACAACCCAUCAUGAUGUUGUUGUGGUCUGAGGCCAGAUCCCAUGGGCCAAGGCAGGCCAGGAGUUGACUUCAUGUAAAUCCAGGGCUGUCAUGAGGCGCUACAAUUACUCCAAUAGGGGCUGUGCAAUGACAUACUUACAUUUUUAUUAUAUAGAGAGGAUCCCAUCUGCACUAUACAUUUAAAGCAGCAUCAUGCCACUUUAAAUAGCUAUGGCUUCCCCCAAAGAAUUCUGGGAAGUGUCGUUUGUUCAGGGUGCUGAGAGUAGUUAGGAGACCCCUAUUCCUUUUGUGGAGUUGCAGUCUUCAGAGCGGUUUAACAAUCAAUCCCUCUUCCCAGGGUAUUCUGGAAAUUGUAGCUCUAUGUGGUUGUAGUGGUUAAUGUUGGACCUGGGAGGCCAAGGUUCAAAUCUCCACCCUGCCAUGAAACUCAUUGGAUGACCUUGUGCCAGUCACUGCCUCUCAGCCUAACCUACCUCACAGGGUAAAGGUAAAGGGACCCCUGACCAUUAGGUCCAGUCGUGGCCGACUCUGGGGUUGCGGAGCUCAUCUCGCUUUAUUGGCUGAGGGAGCCAGCGUACAGCUUCCGGGUCAUGUGGCCAGCAUGACUAAGCCGCUUCUGGAAAACCAGAGCAGCGCACGGAAACGCCGUUUACCUUCCCGCCGGAGCGGUACCUAUUUAUCUAUUUGCACUUUGACAUGCUUUUGAACUGCUAGGUUGGCAGGAGCAGGGACCGAGCAACGGGAGCUCACCCCGUCACGGAGAUUCGAACCGCGACCUUCUGAUCAGCAAGUCCUAGGCUCUGUGGUUUAACCCACAGCGCCACCCGCGUCCCUUCACCUCACAGGGUAGUUGAGGUUAAAUGAGAAGGGGGAGGAAGAAGAAGAAGAGUAGAAGAGUUUGGAUUUGAUAUCCCGCUUUAUCACUACCUGAAGGAGUCUCAAAGCAGCUAACAUUCUCCUUUCCCUUCCUCCCCCACAACAAACACUCUGUGAGGUGAGUGAGGCUGAGAGACUUCAGAGAAGUGUGACUGGCCCAAGGUCACCCAGCAGCUGCAUGUGGAGGAGUGGGGAAUCGAACCUGGUUCCCCAGAUUACGAGUCUACCGCUCUUAACCACUACACCACACUGGCACUGGGUACACCACAUUGAGUUCUUUGGAGAAAAAUGUGGACUAUAAAUGCAACAAACAAAUAAUAAUAGGGGCAUCCUAACACCUCUCAGCACCCAUAACAAACUACACUGCCCACAAUUCUUGGGGGGAAGCCAUGACUGUUUAAAGUGGUAUGAUUGCUUUAAAUGUAUAGUGAAGUUGGGGCCUAUAUCUCUGCAGUCAGUGUGAAUUAGUGCCUUGUCCCACCAUUUGCUCUUUGUUACGCAGGUCUAGAGUUGAGGCGUCCAAGUUCUCCACUUAUUGACAUAAAACCUAUCGAGUUUGGGAUUUUAGGAUCCAAAAAGGAAAUAGUUCAACCGUCCAUCCUGAGGAAAACCUAUACUCCAGAUGACUAUUUUAGGAAGUUUGAGCCGAGACUAUAUUCCCUUGACUCUAACAGUGAAGACGUGGACUCCUUGACGGACGAGGAAGUCUUGGCCAAGUACCAGCUAGGCAUGCUUCAUUUUAGCACGCAAUAUGACCUCUUGCACAAUUAUCUUAUUGUCAGGGUGAUUGAGGCGAGGGAUCUGCCUCCCCCAAUUUCCUACGAUGGCACUAGGCAGGAUAUGGCCCACUCGAAUCCUUACGUGAAGAUUUGCCUCUUGCCGGACCAGAAAAACUCCAAGCAGACUGGAGUGAAGCGCAAAACCCAAAGCCCGGUCUUUGAGGAGAGGUACACAUUUGACAUCCCGUUUUUAGAAGCCGAAAGGAGGACCCUGCUGUUAACCACAGUGGAUUUUGACAAAUUUUCACGCCACUGUGUCAUUGGUAAAGUGUCGAUGCCUUUGAGUGAUGUGGACCUUGUGAAGGGAGGACAUUGGUGGAAAGCUCUGGUCCCCAGCUCUCAAGUAAGUUUCAGAACAAAACACAACAUGUUGGCUGUUAUUACUGUUCUUGGUGGUCUUGGCUGGGUGGUCUUUCCCCCCUCCUUCUGAUGGUGAUUUAACACUGGCAGUGGUUUAAUGGUACAAGGAACAGAGAUGUAUUUGGUUGUGGCCUUGAAGCUCUUGAAUGUUCUCCCUAGGGAAGCCUGACAGGCUCCAUCACUAUACAAUGGUACCUCGGUUUAAGAACAGUCCUGUUUACGAACGAUUCGGUUUAAGAACUCCGCAAAACUGGAAAUAGUGUCCCGGUUUGAGAACUUUAUCUCGGCCUAAGAACGGAAUUCGAACGGUGGAAGGGCACCGGCGGCAGGAGGCCUCAUUAGAGAAAGCGUGCCUUGGUUUAAGAACUGUUUCGGUUUAAGAAUGGACUUCCAGAAUGGAUUAAGUUCGUAAACCGAGGUACCACUGUAUUAUUAUAGUGCAGAGCAAGACUGGUAAGACAUUUGGCCCAGGGAGGAGGUGUGGCUUGGCUUGACUCCCAAGGGCCAGAUGGAGAGGUUUAGAAGGCCGCAUUGUACCCCAAGACCAGACGUUCCCCAACCCUGGGGUAUGUGGUGAAGACUUGGCUCUUUAUUUUUUAUUUUUUUUAAAAAAAAUAAUAUUUAUUAAUAAUUUCAGAAUUACAGGGGGGAAAAAAGAAAUAAAAACAACACUACAGUGCAUAAAAAGAAGAAAAAACGCAAAACAUAAAAACCAAUACAACAAUACAGCAAAAAAACGGGGGGAAAAACACAAAUCCCACAUUACAUAUCUUUAACUUCCAUUUGCUUGUUUCGUUGACCUCCUCACACCUCCCUUUUUGUAUUCUAGUUUAGUUAGUUAUUUCAGCAAAUUCUUUCCAUCUUUCUCAAUUAUUAUUAAAUAAUUUAUCUUAACAAUUUAACCUAUUAAUUAACUCGACAGAUCCUUUCCAUCUUUCCCCAUAUUCUGUUAUUCAAAUUACCUUAAUUUAUUUAACCUUAUCUUACCAUAAAAUACCUUAAAGCUUAAAACUUAAUACUCAGUUAUACAUAACUCCUGAUAUCAUUUCUAUUAGAGUCAUACAGUUUCAUUCCAACAUUUUCCCCAUUAUUCAUUAAUUUUAGGCUAAUUCCCUAAAUAAAAAAAAUUUCUUUAUAAAUUUUCUUCCAAUCUUCAUCCAACGUCUCUUCUUCCUGGUCUCGGGUCGUGUCAGUCCUUACUGUCCAUUCCAUCUAGUCCAUCAACCUGGAAGUCUUAUGUCCGAGGCCCUUAAGUCUCUUCCAUGUCCCUUCUGCAGAUCUUCUUCUUCUUGUUUAUACUUGCACUUUUCCUUGUCUUUUGUUGGUCUCUUUCUUAAUUUCUUUCCUUUCUCAUUGAGGAGUAGGUCUCUGGGGGGUUCCAACCCAAAAUUAUCUCCGUCUCCCUUCAUCAAACCAGCCCAUUCCCCACAGUCCCACUCCCCACAGUCAUCAAUAUAAUCCAAAAAUGUUUACGAGCAUAUUUCGAAGUCUCUCCAAAGUUAAGAGCCUCCUCAGCUCCAGACUCCCCCUGGCCCACUCCAACUUCAAUCUUCGAAAACAGCGGCUUAUGCUCCUGUAGGGCCUUGGGCCUCUCCAUUUGUAUUAUUUGAGGUGCAGCCGCAGCCUCCUCCAUUAUCUUCUGCACUUGCCCAAUCAAUACAGGUUCCUGAGUUGGACCCUGGAUGGUUUCUAUAUCACUAUUCACUAUUUGUCCACAGUUAUUGGCCACAACAGUCAUCAAAUCCAUUUUCUCAUUCAUCAAAUCCAUCUUCUCGUGCACCUGUUCCAACAAAGCAUUUGUCUUGCAUAAAGCAAGCAUCAAAACUUCCUUCCAGCUCAUAUUUAGGCAAGGUCAAAAGGACUAAUCCCACUAUUUUAAUCUCACAGCUGUGGAUUCCUCAAGUAGACUGCAGCAACAAUUUAGCAAGCUCCCUCUAGAGGAGACAAUUUCUAUUUGUAUCCAUCUCUUUAAGGCAAGUCCAACAAAGGAGAAUUACUUUCAUUUUUCAGAUAUUUUGUUUCUUUAGAAUGCAAAAGGCAGCAUUGGAAUCAGUUUAUUUCUCUUAUUUAGCUAUCUGUCAAAGUAGUCCAUUCACAGUCAAUGAACCUCUCCAGCAAUUUCUGUCUCUGACACCCCGUUCCCAGGUUAGAGACGGUGGAAACUUACCUUUCUUCACUCCCUCUCCUGCAGGCGUUACACAAAGUCCCCCCCCCUUUCCCCCUGCUUCCAAGGGGGAUUCAGUAGUUGGCUCUUUAGGGGGGUAUAAUGACAGUUGGUGUCGUGAAACAGCUGAGAGAGUGAGCUACAAUUCAUACAGGGCCUGAUUCAAAUUUUGCCUCUGUCCUUAGGUAGCCUUAGGCCAGCUACCCUUUCUCAUCCUCAGUCCUACCACCCCAUCUGCAAUUUCGGAGAUAAUAAUAUUGGCUUCCUUUACAAGGCUGCAACUUGAUAAUGCAAGGGAAGUGUUCUGAACACUUGGAAAUGCUGUACAAAUGUUAAGUUGCUGUUAAUAAUAAGAUCUGUUCUAAGUGCUUGUUUGAUUAUUGUAGUGCUUUAUUAUCGUUAUUUGUGCAAAACGCUCUUCCUCCAUGGUUUUCUGUCAUCAGAGGUUUCUUUCUACUUCUGAAUUCUUAUUGUCUGACAUGUGGGGCCAGAGGGAUAUAGCUGUGCGUCUUACUGACUGUUUUAUAUACUGGUGGUCGUGCGCCAUGCUUAGGUCCUGGCUGAGAUUCCAUCUCAUAUGCUCUGUGGUGUUCAGGGUCAGUCACGGUGUGUGGAGGACAGGGGGGCUGUUUGGCCUGGAUCUCAAGCACCAAGGGGGGGGGGGUGGCUCCUCAGAUUUAGACACUUGUUGAUCUUUUAGCCUUUGAUAAAUUUCAUAACAUGUUUUUAUGAGCAUUGGACCAUAACCCAACACUCUCAGCUUAGAGCUGCAAAUCUAAGCAAAUAAGAUUUGUGAUUUGGAAAAUGCAUCAUUUUCUUCUGUUAACUGACAUAGUUUUUGUCAUGUCGAAGAGUUUAAACAUUCACAAAUAUUAAUAAAAAUAUCUGUUCUGGUAGCACAAAACUAGACCCAGACAAUAUCCUCUCAGAUCAGCUGAUUAUGUAAAUAAAUUACUCAUGUUUGGGUUGUGGGGGGAGGAAGGUUAAUUUGUUUCUCGUGUGUUGUCCUUUUUAAUUUUGAUUAUGGCUAGGGGCCUCAAAUGCUGGAAGUGGCCCAGGCUAGGGCUGGGCGAUAUCUGAUUUUCAACAUUGUGAUAUAUCACCAGCUAAAUAUCACAAUAUCUCGAUAUAUCACGAUAUAUAUCUGUGGUGGUGGAGGGCCUUACUGGGCCUCCCCAUGGCGGCAGAGGGUCCAGCCAUACCUCCCUGCAGAAGCAGAGGGCUUUGCCGUGGCAGCGGAGGGUGUACUGUGCUUCCCCUCAUCAUCACAGGGCCUUGCCCAGAUAGAGGGGCUUGGAGGGCCAGCGUUUGGCCCUUGGUCCAGAGGUUUCCCACACCUGCUGUAAGGGCAUUUGUGAUCCUUGGACAUGGCUUGUAAUGCCCUUUGUUUCAAACACCCCACCUCUUGUCCUGUUUGAUUCCUUCUUUGGCACAUCUGUUGCAGAAUGAAGUUGAACUGGGAGAACUCCUGCUGUCGUUAAACUACCUUCCCAGUGCAGGAAGACUGAAUGUAGACAUCAUUAGAGCAAAACAGCUGCUUCAAACAGAUAUGAGCCAAGGUUCAGGUACGGACUGGCGCUUUUCCAGUAAUGACUGCUGCACUUAAUCGGAGGUGCUCUGGUACUGCUGAGAUGUAUAAGAUUCUGAAAGAUGUGGAUGUUUUCAACAGGGAACAGGAUAUUGUCGUUCCCCAAAGCAGCUCCGAAAAAUCCCAGCCCUAAAGUCCUAAUAUGAACCAAGCCCCCGCCGCACGGAAAUUUUCAGUGCCAGGAUAUGCAAAUCGACAAAGGAGUAGUGUGUCUCUGAGCAUGUGCAGAGAAUGUCUGUUCCUCACUGCUGCAUCCAGCCUCCGCUUGUACUGAGAGGGGCGGGACGGAGCAUUCAGAAUCAGAGGAGGCUUCUGAGAAGGUUUUGACUUCCAGAGUCUUUGAAGAACUUUACCUCUAUGACCUUUUCAGACCAGACAUUUACGAUUUGAGAAAUGCCACCGGCACAUCCAAAUGUCAGUGUUUCUACAGAAUAAUGGUGGGAAAUGUAUAGAUUUUUUUAAAAGACGGCAUCUGCAUUUUACCUAAGGGGUGCCUAAAAAUAACCAUGAACCGGAAAACAAUAAAAACAGUUCUAACUAUGCCCAGUUGAAAAUAGAGAGGUCCAAACAGCUGUGCCUCUUGCCUUGUGUGCUGGGCCUCAGGAAGGCACAUUUCAGCUUUUUGGUGGGUGAGGUGGUGUCUGCCAAAAAGGCACAAAUCCAGCCGGCUUUGUUGGGGGAUAGUGCAAGAGGGCACUUUCAAGGGGUCCUCAGCACAGAGCUACUGGUCAGCCUCCACCUCUUCAACAUGCACGGCUCACCUCACAACCCCACCCCACCCCAGUAUGGCCUUCAGCCCUUGUAUCACCAUGGCAACAACCUAGCUGCUGGAAGGGGCAGGAGAAAUCUGGAAGGGGCAGGAGAGAGAAUUGGCAGUGGAUUGCUGUGCGAAAGGAUUGUGAGCUCAAUUCUCACAACUCAUAAUCCCGGACUGAGCAUAUGCUCAGAGCUCCCGGAUUCUUAAUUCUUAAUGUGUGACCUCCACCCCAAUUUUUAAUGCACCUGGCUCCAGUUGUGGAUUUCGGGGUUCCAGUAGAAAGCAAAAUAGAUCCCCAAAGCCUGAAGUCUUCCCAGCAAAUGCACAUGGAUCUAUAUUUAAGCUCCCCCCCCUCCAUCAAUCCUCUUCCAGACUGAAUACUGUAUAAGUGGGAGACCUGAGGAGAUUUUGUGCGUGUGUGUGUUUUACUUUCAGUAUGGAGAAAAUCAGCAGGCAAGUGGCGUUUAGAAGCUGCCCUUUCCCAACCAUUCUUGGAAUCACCAGAGGAGUCAUUUUUGUUCCUCAGAAGCAGAAGUCAAAAUGUACCCUGUUUACUUUCAAUUUCGAACAACGGAAGGCUGGCUUUGGUGAAGGAAGGUCAGCUACGCUGUUCUUUCUGAGAGAGAGCAGGUUCUUUUCAGCAGAUAUAAUCUUCAUAGGAGCGAGCAGGGAAAGAAGGUUACAGCCGAAAGAGGGAGGCCGAAGACUCACCACUGCUUCUGAGCAUUGUUAUUAAUAAUUAUAUUUAUUAGUCACUCUUUCAGAAAGCAAACAGUAAAAAGUGUAAUGACCAGAAUUAAAAAACCCUAAAAUGCUCCCCAGUAAUAAGUAUAAAAUACAUGAAAAUUGUCUAUAAAAUACAAGAAUCCCCUUAAAGGCCUGUCUGCUCUAGCAUCUUCUUUUCACACUGGCCAACCAGAUUACCUACGGGGAGCCGGUAAACAGGACCGGGGUUCAACAACACUCCCCACCUCUGAUUCCCAGCUUAGCGGGUGCAGGGCAAGCAGUGCAUGGUCUACAGAGCACCAACAUAAUAAUAAUAAUAAUAAUAAUAAUAAUAAUAAUAAUACCACCCCACCCAUCUGGCUGGGUUUCUCCAGCCACUCUGGGCAGCUUCCAACACAUAAAAAAACAUAAUAAAACAUCAGACAUUAGAAACUUACAAAUACAGGGCUUUGCUACCACUCCCUUCCCUCCAGACUCUGCCACCUGAGGCAAACUAUGUCACUCUGUCCAAUAAUAGGGUUGGGCUUUCCUUGCUUAUCGGCUUGAGUCCAGGCUCAAAGCUGGUCAAGAUGUCAGGGCCUGGAUUUGUAUCUGGCACCUAUUUCUCUCUGAAUCCAAUUUAAUGGGCUUUCCCUUCCUUGUCUGGGUCAGAGUCCAGGCUGCAUUGGGGCAAGGAGUUCACUUGGGCCAACUUAAUGCGUGAACUGGGCAGUGACAGGAAAUAAUGAUUUCCGAUGAACAAAAUCCUUUCUGGAAAAUCAAGCUGUGCUUGUUUUCUGUUCAGAUCCCUUUGUGAAGAUCCAACUUGUUCAUGGUUUAAAACUGGCAAAAACAAAGAAGACUUCUUGCAAGAGGGCUACCAUUGACCCCUUCUACAACGAGUCCUUCAGUUUCAAAGUGCCCCAAGAAGAACUUGAAAGUGCCAGUUUAGUCUUCACAGGUAUGUUCACGUAUCUCUUUCAAAUGUGGUUUGUAGGCCUGCCACACAGUUGAAUAAUUUUGGCUGAUUAAUUCAUGUGACUUUCCGUCAAUUAAUCAACUAACAGCUAGGGUUGUAAGAAGAUAGAGAUUUCUGUUGUGACCAACCUGUGUUGGUCACAAUCAACACUGUCUCCAUUCUGCUGCAGCUUUGUUUCCAUCAACUACUAUGUCAUUCAUCUUACUGUCCACUAAUUAAGAUGCAUUACUAUUUAAAUCAGGUGUGUAGCUAUAUACGUAACUUAAAGGAAACAUCAAAACCAUGGGGGAGAGAGUAAUUACAUAUUGUUUGCAGAGUUCCUCUUUCUCCCCUGUUGUUGUUGGAAUUCUCCCUAUUAACAGUGCAAUCCUUACUAUAUCUACUCAGAAGUAAAUCUUACUGACUCCAGUAGGACUUACCCCAGGUGAGUAGGGUUGGGUUGGCAGCCUAAAUCUUCAUUUAUGUACAAGUGAGGAACAAAAUGGUUUUAAAGAAUAAACAUGCCUCUUGUGGUUUGAAUGAUACCCACAGUUGGGUCAGGGUGUGACGGAAGCCUCUUCAGCUUCCGAAAUCUCCUCCCAGUCUGCUGAGAGUUGUCUUCCUCCUCAACAUCUGGCAAUCAGCACAUCAGCCAUCCCUGAUCUUGCCCCAUGAUGCCCAGAACUUCAGGAAAUGAAAGCAAGGUUCUGUCUCAGGUCUCAAAUGAAACGCCUCUCUUUUGAAGUGGACCAUAACAAAACCCCUCACACAAAAAGCAGCCCCCUCUCAGAAGCACCCAAUUGAGAUCUGAAGGGAUUUUAUCCUCUGUGCACACCCACCGUAGUAGAAACAGAUGUUGCUGUUGAGACGAGACGCUGAAAUGAGAACCCAUUAGCUUGUUUCCAAACAUUUCCGAAUGAAAGCAAUGCUCAUCAGCAAUUUAAAUCGCAAGCAUGACAUACAUAAUUUUUCCUCUGCGGAAAAGGCAGCAUGCAUAGUUUUGAACGCACUAGAUCAGGUGUGGGAGGAAGGAAUUGUUCCUGUAAUCCAUUGAGGGCCUUAUUCUGAAAUAGAAAAAGACAGUCACCUAAGCCACAUUCUCCUCCUCCUGCUCUCUCACCCACAAUAUAUAAACAUUACCAGCUGUCUGGAGUCAGUUGCCUUUAUUAAGAGAAAUUGUUUCACCUGGGUUAAUAUUAUGAUUAGUGUUUUUGCACAGCUUUGGGUUGUGGGGGAGGGCAUGUGGAGCGUUUCAGUUCCCACCCAGAAAGGUUUCAGGCCCUGGGCAGGUUCCUAGACUGUUUUUUGGUAAAUCCAUCCCCGGGCUUCCACAGACUUGACAAGCUGGAACAUCUGAAGAGAGGGCAAGUAAGAUGACAGAGGGUCUGGAAAUCAAGCCUUGUGAAGAACGAUUGUUGGGUAUGUAGGAUCUAGACGAGAAGACUGACAGAAGAUUUGAUAGCCAACUAAAUAUCUGUCACAUGGAAGAUGGAGCAAGCUUGUUUUCUGCUGCUGCGGAGUGUGGGAACCAAACCAGUGGAUUCAAAUGACAAGAAAGGAGAUGCCAACAUUAGGAGGAACUUUCUGAUAGUGAAAGCUGUUCAAAAGUGCAAUGGACUACCCUGAAAGGGUGUUGGACCUCCUUGGAGGUUGGGUAGGCAUCUGCCAGGGAUUCUUUAGCUGUGAUUCCUAUAGCACAGGGUUGGACUAGAUGACCCUUGGGAUCCCUUCCAGAUCUACAGUUCUAUGACUUAUCUGUUCAUGGUUGUCCUCUUCCCUUUCCCCAGAUCCUUGUCACACCUGACCUCCUGUGGGUGUGUUACAUACCAGGCUUGAAUUGAGUGUUUUAUUCCACUAGACUGGGACAGAUUACAGGUGGAAGGACUACCUGGCCUGAGCCUUGUUGCUCUACAGCGUCCCUGCCAGCAGGACUGCAGAUUGAAGUUAGUUGGGCCAUCAGGAAUCAGGUGACUUGGGGAGCCAGUAGAAGCUUUGCUGGCCUUAAAUAAGAACUUCCUCGGGCUUGGCUCUUCAGUCUGGGCAUGUUUUCUGUGAAAGGAUGUGUUAAACCAGGGAUUGGGAACCUCCAGUCUGUAGGUUCCUGUUUGGCAUGCAAGACAAUUUCCCCUCAACCCACAACCAUCUGCCCCCCAGCACCUGACAUCAGUUAAGGUUGUGGCUGCAAGCUGAAUGUUAGCUUCUGAGUCUCCCUUUGCAAGCGGGACUCGCUGGCAGUGCCAGUCAGCUAAUUGACAUGUUCAGUGAGCCCUGCUUUCUCCACACCUUCGAGGAAAUAUUUCUCCUCUACAAACAUGUGUAGGGAUGCUGCCCCUAGAUGUUCGCUCAGUGUUGGCUUAAGUAACGAAUUCCAUUCACAAUCUAAAUGUGAAUGGUGAUCUGAAAUAAUUUAGUUUCUCAGGGCCAGGCUUGAGUAGGGCUGGGGGGAAAACACAACGUUAGAUGGACCAAUGGUCUGGUGCUGUAUAAGACAACUUCCUAGGCUGCUAUUAUGAUGACUACUACUGUUAUUGAUAUUACUAUUACUAUUGCCUCUGGGAGUGGAAAGACAAAGACUGAUCCUAGCUGAUGCCUGAGUGAAUAGGCUUCUGAGGCUAUGGAAUAAGUACACAUUGUAGAUUGUGCUUUUGUUUGUUCCCCAGUUAUGUGCUCAGGCCUCACGGCUAUGCUUUUAUUCGUCCUACAGAGGCCACAAGACCAGCAAUGGUUUGUUCUCUUUAUUGGCAGGCUGGGUUUGCAGAGCAGUUGCAGGCGAACAGUUUAAUUAUUGAAAGGCUUUUGAAAUAUGUAACAGGAAAACAAUCUACAUGAAAUGGAAAGCUUUGGGGGAACAUGUGUUAGGAUGUUUCUGUGCAAAUAAGUUUGUGUAGGAUUAGACUGGAGCAGGGGGAGCACUUAGAAUCAUAGAACUGUAGAGUUGGAAGGGAACCCCAGGGGCUAUCUUGCCCUGCCCCCUGUAUUGCAGGAAUCACAGCCAAAUAACCCCUGACAGAUGGCCAUCCAAACUCUGCUUCAAAACCCCUGUUUAAAAACCUACCAUCCGCUCCACUGUCAAACAGCUCUUAACAUCAGAAAGUUCUUCCUAAUGUCUAGCUGGAAUCUCUUUUCUUGUAAUUUGAAUCCAUUGGUCCAGUCCUCUGGAGCAGCAGAAAGUAAGCUUGCUCAUCAUCUGAGGCCCUUCUUGGUGUGCCUUCCCUACAAGAGGUCCAGAGAGCGGCAACACGUGAACAGGCCUUUUCUGCAGUGGCUCCUUGUUUGUGGAAUGCUCUCCCCAGGGAGGUUCAGCCGGCACCUUCAUUAUGCACCUUUAGGCACCGGGUGAAAACGUUCCUCUUCAAUUAACAUCCGAUGCCCUUUCAAAUGUGUUUGUGGGAAGGGGAGAAAGGGGUCAUUGGUUUGUGUGGGGGGUUUUUUUGUUUUGUUCUUGUUUGUAUUAUGUGUUUUGUGCUUUUAUCUUGUAUUAACCUGUUGUGAACCUGUUGUAUAGUCUGUGGUGAAGCGCCCUGAGAUCUAUGGAUGAAGGGUGGUAUACAAAUUUAAUCAUCAUCAUCAUCACCAUCAUCAUCAUCAUCAUCAUAUUCCAUGUCACAGCCCUUCAGAUAUAUGAGGAUGGCUAUCAUAUCACCUCCAGGCUAAAGCAUGCCCAACUCCUUCAACCAAUUGUCAUAAGGCUUCGUUUCCAUCUUUAUCAUCUUGGUUACCUUCCUUGCGGCUGCUGGAGCUGCUGAACCUCCUCCUUCCUUACCAAGGGGAGGGGAAGUGAACCAGCAGGUGGCAGCACACUCCUGGUUGCUCAGCCUCUGUAGCCCAGAAAGAGAGUGGGGAAGGUGAGCCAUAGAAUGGCCACUUACUCAUCUCCAAAACAAUAAUACAGUACAGUAUAGGAUAUGCAUCACCCAGAAAGAAGAGAGGGCACAGAUUCUCAUAAAAUUUGACCCAUGUUUAUUUAUACGUGUAGAUGCAAACUUGGAAAUAGUGGGUGGAAUUCAAUGCUAGACCUGCUCAGAGUAGGCUUAUUGAAAUGAAUAAACACAACUAAGCUACAUCUCGGGACGUGGGUGGCGCUGUGGGUUAAACCACAGAGCCUAGGACUUGCUGAUCAGAAGGUCGGCGGUUCAAAUCCCCGCGACGGGGUGAGCUCCUGUUGCUCGGUCCCUGCCCCUGCCAACCUAGCAGUUCGAAAGCACAUCAAAGUGCAAGUAGAUAAAUAGGUACUGCUCCGGUGGGAAGGUAAACGGCGUUUCCGUGCACUGCUCUGGUUCGCCAGAAGCGGCUUAGUCAUGCUGGCCACAUGACCCGGAAGCUGUACGCCGGCUCCCUUGGCCAGUAAAGUGAGAUGAGCGCCACAACCCCAGAGUUGGCCACGACUGGACCUAAUGGUCAGGGGUCCCUUUACCUUUAGCUUUUUAAGCUAUCUCUAUUUUGCAUUUCACCCAGUGACUAAUCUAAAUGGAAAAACAGAGUUGUCUCCAACUAAGUUUCGCUCAGACUGGUCUCAUAUGCUUGUAGGUAAGAAAAAGUUGUUCAAUCUACCAUCAAAAAGAUAGAGAAGGAAGCUGAUAGGCUAAAGAUACAGGGAUAGUCUGGGAAUCUGAAGGUCCCUAACAAUGUCUGUUUUAACCCCUGGAAAACACCUCAUUUGCAAGCUGAGUUGCACCCAAACUUCCAACAGUCUUUGUGUUGCAGUCUCAGUUCUAUCUUCAGUCGAAACUAUUUGAGCAGAUCAGCAGUUCAAAUAAUAAAACAACAACUGAAAAACCCAAAAUGAACAAACCUGUAAAAGGGCAAGAACUGUUGUGAAACUGAAACCAGUACACAACAGAAUUAAAACCUCACUAUAAAACCACACACCCAUGCUUUCUAGUUGAUAAUUUAUUUUUAAAAGCAUUUUCAUUACCAAAACAAUACAUAUUACACACAAGGUUUGCGUAAGUGCAAAGAUUCUAAAGAAGAACUUAAUAAUCCCAUGGCGAGGAAUGGAGUUGGAACUAAAUGCAGCUCAAUGAAGACAGUGGUCAGUGGACAUGGCAUGUUGGUUGAUUGUUGGGGAAGGGAACUGGGGGCAGGGUGGUGAAUGGAAUGGAAUGGAAAAGGGCAUGGCUGACUGGCUGGCAUUUUGGUCAGAAAGACUCCACUCUGCAUCAUUUUGUUGCAGGUACCACUUCUGUAAGUAGAUAAUUGUUCACCAGUGUUCCCUUUCUCUUUCAUUGCUGCUAGAGUUAUCCUGGUACAAAUUUAUUGACAGGAAAGAAGGAAGACAAUUUCUGGCAUGAUUCUGCAGCUCUGCCAGUUCCGUCCACUGCAAUCGGAAGUCACUGCUUUCUCUGGGUGCUUUUGGGUGGGAUUCAGUCACAUACAGUGGUGCCCCGCAAGACGAAAAACUCGCUAGACGAAAAACUCGCUAGACGAAAGAGUUUUCCGUUUUUUGAGUCUUUCCGCAAGACGAAUUUCCCUAUGGGCUUGCUUCGCAAGACAAAACGUCUUGCGAGUUCUUGCGAGUUUGUUUCCUUUUUCUUAAAGCCGCUAAUAGCCACUAAGCCGCUAAUAGCCGUGCUUCGCAAGACGAAAAAACCGCAAGACGAAGAGACUCGCGGAACGGAUUAAUUUCGUCUUGCGAGGCACCACUGUAAUGUCAAAUUCAAGGUUGCACAGUUAUGCUUGCUAGAGAGCUCUCUUGAUAAUUGUUCCAGUCAAGGGGAGAUCUGAGAGUUAGGGUUGGCGUUGCAGCUGCUUUUUCAGUCUUUACUCCCUCACCCCCACCCCAUCUUUCUUUCUCCCUGCCUCUCUCUUUGUUAUCUUCAGUCUUUGGCCACAACAUGAAGAGCAGCAACGACUUCAUUGGGCGGAUUGUGAUUGGCCAGUACUCCACAGGCUCUUCGGAAUCCAAGCACUGGCGGCGGAUGCUGAACUCCCACCGCACGGCUGUGGAGCAGUGGCACACUCUCCGGUCGCGAGCUGAAUGUGACCGCGUCUCCCCGGCUUCCCUGGAGGUGACGUGAGGACACCAACGCUGCUAGCAAGCCACUGAGCAGAUCUAUACAAGACAAGUCAUACACACACACAAACACACACACUUGCACAUAAUCACUAUGGAAUCCACAGCAACUCUUAAUGGCCACUGGCAACGAAAAAAAUAGUUGCAUUAGCCUCCGUGCUACCUAUUAUUUCAUCCACCCCAUUGAUUGUUUUACUCAGGAUCACAUAUCAACCACUACAUCCACAUCAGAAGGUGAUGCUGUUGUGUAGGACAGUGGAAGCUGCUCAAAGGGUUGUCUGCUAAUACAUUUUCAGAAAUCCUUUGUUGCCUGCUAUGUCAUAGUGCAGUGCAGAUAGCAGACUGGUUAGCUGCGGAAAAGCUUCAUGGUUUCCUCUCCACUACACCAUACUCUACAUCUCGUGUGAGCAAUUGUAUCGGAAGGUAUCAGAUCCUGUGUGUUAUCCGUGGUGAAUGCGUGGUAGAUUACUAGGAUGUUGUUUUAGCGGUAGAGUGUAUGGUGUAAAUACGUCUAAACCCAGUCCUUCCUUUGUCACUGUACUAGCUUAACCAAAUCAGAUAUAACGUGUGCUUCUGUGUCUGGAGCUGUUCCCUUGGGCAGAAUGGGAUGGAGGCAGUCGUCUCUUUCCUGCUCAAUGACACAUGCUAGCAUUUUGUAAAAUGUUGCAUCAUUCAAGAACCCGCUGGUGUACUGUUAUGAAGGCUGCAGUCCACAGCUGGAUCACCCUUGAGCAGGCCCCUUAAAGCCGAUUGGUUGGAACCCAUCACCUGGUUGCAACCUGAUCUAAGUUGGGUUGAAAUGGUAGCACUGCUACCAGAAUUGGGGUGUGUGCAUGUUUGACUUAAGAGUGGGUCCUGGGUCUGAAAAGGCUGAAGAUUCCUGCGUUGAAGUCAACAAAGCUCAUUUUGGAGGAGGGAAAUUGUGGGUGGCAGCCUAGUUGCAGUGCUAGUUCCAGAAAUGUGCAAUGGUCUGGGAUGUGUGAGCUGCCCAAUUUGUUUCCACGGUGCAGGUUCCAUGAGUGCAAAGUGUGUGUGGAGUUGUCCUUUCCCUUGGAAGCGGUGGAGGCACGGAGGAGCCAACCACCCAGCAGAGUGAGGUGGGUGCUGAGGGUGCAAGGAGUUGCACCCUGUAGUCUACCUGCUAUCCUCAAGGGCAGUGGAGGGUGUUGAAAUCAGGUUCAGCCACUGGCCCAAUCAGCUUCUGGAAGGAGGCAGGUUCCACUUUGUGCUUUGCCUCACUCAAAACAGCCGUAGUAGGGACUUCUGUGCACAUGGAUCCACCACAUUCCUGGCACAUCAUUAGAAUGGGGCACAUGUCCCUUUAAAGGCCGUGGCUGAACUUGAAAGUGGAGGCAUCUGAAGGUUUCAGAGAACUGUUUGUGUCAAAUCCCACCCCCACCCCCCCGCAUUUUAGGAACCUUUUGUGGCAACGUUCACAAAAGACCUAAUGCCGUGUGAGUUGCAUUUACAUGUGAUAGUCAAGUUGAUCUCUCCACACACACCCCUUUGUAUUUCAGUGUGUUGAACCGGUCUUGAGUGUAAAGUCAGCAAAUGUCUGUGUAUUUACCUGCCACAUACAGAAAAGGUGUAGGGAAGUAGGUUGAACCUUCUGUAAUACUGUAGAGAUCAGGGAUGGGGAUCGCCCUCCCACCAGAUGUCAAAGGGAACAACAACUACCAGACUUUUAGAAGACAUCUGAAGGCAGCCCUGUUUAGGGAAGCUUUUAAUGUUUGAUGCACUACUGUAUUUUAAUAUUUUGGUGGAAGCCGCACAGAGUGGCUGGGGAAGCCCAGCCAGAUGGGUGGGGUAUAAAUAAUAAAUUAUUACUAUAUAACCUCAGGCUGCCAGAGAGGCCCCUCCAGGCGUCUCCACAGGGCACACACCCUCUUGAGUCACAGUGCUCACCUGCCCUGCUUUGCAGCCUCCUAUACUUUUGUCCGGCUGGGACAUGUCCUCAAACUCUGAUAAUGCUUCUUGUGUGCCUAGGCGGAGAUGAGAGAAAGGUAUGAGUGAGUGUGAAGAAACUAGCCCACUGUUCUGUUCACCUUUGCCUUUGCCCUCUCUCUGCCACUGGUCAUGUGGCCCCUGGAAGGUCACUCAGAAGGAAACGUGGCCCCUGGUCUGAAAAAGUUGCCCCACCCCUGGAAUAGAUGACCUGAGCAAAUUGAAUGUAUGUGAGAUUGAACACUUGAACAGCUCAUUUGCUGGGAUCCGCUGUGGGAGAGGGGAUUCCUGUGGGAUUUCCGAGAGGCAUCUGAUUGGUCGUUGUGGGAAAUGGGAAUUUAGGCUAGAUGGGCCUUUUGUCUGAUACACAGGCCUCUUAACACUCUUGUACAAUUACAAAGAGAACCUGUAUUGGGACCCCAAAAAGAAUAUAAAUUUGGUUCUUAUAAGGCGUAAUAUUCCUGUAUGAAAAUUAACUUAGUAUAUCGCUGUUAACUUUUAUAAGUAGCAAAACCUUUUUUUAAAAAAAAGAAUGCACAGAACCAUGGCACAUGGAGACAACAAUCUGAGCAUUUGCUGCAGUAUUCAUGCAACAGAUGUCUGAUGUGUCAGCAUCCAUCAUAAAAGCUGGCACGGGCUGACUUUACUUUGACAGAAAUGUUCAUGUUUGUUGGCUCUUGGGCCCGAUGGAGGGGUUUUGGUUCCUCCUUAUUUUAAAACCAUAGUUUCCCAAAGCGGUGGAUGGACGUGACAAGUCAGCAAAUUCUGUCGAUUUUGUUAGAUGCUUCUGUACAUUCUCCCCAACCCCAAACAUACUGUCUAAGGAGGUAUAUUUAUGAGAAAAAUAAAGAUCUGUUUAUUUGUGUCAAGUAAGAAUGAAGUGGUG